CUCUGUUGGGUCACUUUAACCGCGCAUGCAGGGAAUAUGCCAACGUUCCUCCCACAAUUUCCACCGACAUUCUAGGCUACACAUUAGUGCUGGAAACGGGCAGCCAAGGUUACGCAUCCUCUAAAGGUCAGAGAUGGAGACAAUCAAUCAUAAAGUAAAUACGUAUAUAGACUCAUGGAUGGGUCCCAGGGAUGAGAGGGUGCGGGGAUGGUUGUUACUGGACAACUAUACUCCAACCUUUGCACUGACUGUCAUGUACCUGCUGAUCGUGUGGAUGGGGCCCAAAUUCAUGAGCCACAGGCAGCCAUUCUCCUGCAGGGGCGUCAUGGUGGUCUACAAUCUGGGACUCACAGUCCUCUCCUUCUACAUGUUCUAUGAGUUGGUGACUGCUGUAUGGCAAGGUAGCUACAAUUUAUACUGCCAAGACUCACACAGUGCUGGAGAAGCAGAUAACAAGGUCAUGAACGUUCUCUGGUGGUACUACUUCUCCAAACUCAUCGAGUUCAUGGACACCUUCUUCUUCAUCCUCCGAAACAACAACCAUCAGAUCACAUUCCUGCACAUCUACCACCAUGCCAGCAUGCUCAACAUCUGGUGGUUUGUUAUGAACUGGGUGCCCUGUGGUCACUCGUACUUUGGUGCCUGUCUGAACAGCUUCAUCCACGUCCUGAUGUAUUCCUAUUACGGGCUGUCCUCUAUUCCGGCCUUGAGGCCAUUCCUCUGGUGGAAGAGAUACAUCACUCAGGGCCAGCUGGUACAGUUCUUUUUAACCGUAUCCCAGACAGCCUGUGCAGUAGUAUGGCCCUGUGGGUUCCCAAUCCGCUGGCUGUACUUCCAGAUGGGCUACAUGGUCACUCUAAUCAUACUCUUCUCAAACUUCUAUAUUGAGACAUACAAGAAGCGUAGUAUGUCACUAAAGAAGAAUGAAUACCAGAACGGGUCUGCUUCUCCUACAAAUGGACAUGCAAAUGGAGUUUCCACCAUAGAAACAAUUACACACAGGAAACUGAGGGCGGACUGAAGUAGCUUGAGUAAUCCCACGGUCAUUACUGUCUAUUAUAGCGUAUUAUCACUAGGGGUGAUGUAGGAUUUCUCAACAGGAUAUAUCUAGUAUAUUCUAGUCUAAUAUAUUCACAAAAGACAAAAAAAGGCCAUAGCCAUGUUUAUCUUUAGAGAGAAUCCUGCAAUAUUUUGCACACUAGUUUUCAUUCAUAUUGAAUCAAAGGUUAGUUCAACAAUAGACAGUAGGAUACCUUCAAUAGAAAACCCAGUUUAAACACAGUUUUAAUGUAGAAAAUGUAUGCCAUGUUCAUAUGCAAACAUAAUAUUACAUGAAACAACAGUAUUUGAGGUUUGAAAGUACUUGAACGUAUAUGUUUGAUUAUAUUAAGGUACGGCACUUGAACUAGUAUUGAUUAGGUCUUCCUAGGUCAAAUACCUAUAAAUUAUUUUUGAUUUGACUGAAUUUCCAUAUUGAAUUUUAAUGGAUUUAUUAUUAAUCAAAGGACAUAUUGCUGACUGUGGUUUUAAAAUCUAUGGUUGUUAGUUAGGAAGAAAAAGUUAAGAAAUAAUAACUAUAUACACAGACAUGCCAGUUAAUAUAUUUAAGUAUAAUCCCAUAAGUAUGGCAUUAUUGUCUUAACAAGUGCACAUUACAUCUUUGCAUUGUAAAUGCAUGACUCAGGUGAGCUAUAGUUCAGAAACCUAUUGCAAUGAUAGCUUUAUCCAUUCUGUAUAUUGGUAAAUGACAUGUACAUGGCAUUUUUGUUUUAGCUGUUACUGCUAUUGUUGUAGCAAUAGUUUAUGUUGAAAGAUAAGUACUGCACAAGAUAACAACAGUACAUUACCGUGUCUCCGUUGUUUUUCUCAUUUUGAAUGUAAUACAUCACUGCAAUACAUAUGCAACUAAAAGAAAAAAACUACUAUCUGAGUUGAUCGUGCCAUAUGUUCUGUUGAAAGUGAAUAAUGCCUUCCUGCACUCAUGAACGUCAUACAUACCCAGAAAACAUUAGAAAUGCUCCAGGGGCAGGGACGUUGUUAGACAUAAAACUCUACUGGGGCACAGGCCCCUAUUCAUAUCCCUUUUUUUUCUUCCAAGCGUGCUGCGCACAAUGCACUACUCGACUAUAGAAACUCCCCUUGCUUAACCCAUGUGCGUGCUGCAGUGGCUAUUUGGCAAGCUCAGAAGAGCGCGCAGACAUGCAUCGGUUUGUGUUUUUGGUUAAACUGCUUUGAUUUUACAAGCGUUGAUUGGGAUACUGCGUUUAUUUUUUCUGGGAUUAUCAACCUAAAUUAAUGCACUGACUAAUAAAGUAGGCUAAAUUGUUAAAACUCAACCUUUAGAUUUUACUGGGGCACAGCAGAUUUAUACUGUGGCACGAGCCCCAGUAAAAAAGGGUCUAACGACGCCCCUGUCCAGGGGCCUCAUGUAUAAACGUUGCGUACGCACGAAAAG